AUGAAGCUUUUCAACUUCCUCGCCCUGUCCCUCCUCUCCACCCUCGUCAACGCUGCAGCAGUCAGUCUCGAGGAGACUACUCCAAUUCCUAAGGACAGCCUCGACACCAGGUCUAAUAUGUGUGGCCAGAUCUUUUCACAGCCUAAGAUGACGGCCAUCGAAGCUGCCUUUCGUUUUUUCAUUGCGGUGCUUUGUGAGAUCUUGAGCUGGUACAUCCUUUUAUUUGGGGAUCGUGUGAUCGACCGAGAAGAGGCGGAGUUGAUGGAGGGUGAGGUCUUAUUUGAUGACGAUAACAGUAUUCGAUGA